AUGCGCCGGCUGCAGUCGCGACUGCCCGGCCUUAUCAUCUUUAGCUUUGCCAUCUACAAAACCACUGAAACCCUACUUCAGACUUCUGUGCGUCUGCAGAUUUAUCAUCUUGUCUGUAGAUGGCUCACGAACAGCUCGAUGCGCGACUUCCUCUGCAGCCCAAUGACGAACCUCCAGGACUGGACGAACUCCUCAGACACUCCGAGCGCCGUAUUUGCUUUGACCGAACUGGACAAUAGAAUCCAGCGCUCUUCUGUACCCUAUAUUGUGACUUACAGAGUACUGCUAAACCUGCCAGCUAUGGUUACCUGUCUGGUGCUCGGAACCCUGUCCGACACCUACGGUCGCAAGGGAACAUUUCUGGCUCCCAUUGUGGGUGGAGCCCUCGCCUGUAGUCUCUUCGGUGUCAGUCUGAUACGUGAUAUACGGCCGGUUCCGGAUAGCGUUUCCUGUCUCCUUAUUGGAGCCCUGGUCUACGGCAUCUCGGGGAAAAGUAACAGCUUCGGCAUGGGUGCAAACAGCUACAUUACGGAUUGUAGCAGUGAUGAAAAGAGAACCGUCUACAUCAGUCAUCUAAUGGGGGCAAAUUUCAUCGGUCUAUGUAUCGGUUCCGCCCUUCUCUCUUUCUUCCUCUUUUUCGCGGAUUUUGGAUGGAUCCUUCUUUUUGUUUGUCUGACUAAUCUGGCGAUAAUUGCUCUGAUUUUGGUCUUCGUGCAGGAGACCGUAGUUAUUCAGUCAGACGUAGGUGACUACGGGUCAACUGUCCGCAUAGAAACUAAUUGCGAUGCCGGGAAGAAGGCAGAAAAUGACAAGCCACCUGACAUUCUGCAGAUGAUUUCCUCCGCCUUCACCACUUCCUACAAAUUUCUGGUAGCAAGGCGACCCAAUGAUGUACAUAUCUACUUGCGCUGCCUGUUCGGCGCCGUCCUCUUCAAUCAGAUCACCAAGGCAGGGGAACAGGAUGCGAUCAUGCUCUACGUGACGCGCAACCAGGUUGGGUGGUCUGAUAUGCUAUACGGUGCCUACAUCGCCGCCUACUACGCUGCCAUGGCCUUUCAUCUGAUGGUUAUACUUCCUCUGAUAAGCUCUUGCUUUCAUCCAAGCGAUACGAGCCUCAUCCUCUACGGACUGUUUAUGAAAAUUGGACGUCUAAUAGCCACGGCUGUCACUUCUAACACUUACGUGCUCUUCAUCUCGGCUGUUCUCGGUUCUUCGGCCGGAUACAUAACAACAGGGAUCCGAGCAUUGAUAAGUAAACUUGUCAAAGAAGAGGAGGUUGGCACUGGCUUUGCUUUUAUGUCGGUUUUGGAAACGUUUUCAAACCUCUUCGGUUCCCUCUUAUUCACAUCAGUGUACGCCGGGACGCUGUCACUGUACCCGGGCCUGGUUUUCCUCAUGGAUGCUUUCCUGCAUGCUUGCCUCCUUCUCGUCAUGAUCUGGCUCAGUGUGAGACUGAGGGCUUAUUUUGCUGUCACGAACAAUACCACGUGA